CACAAACAAACCCAAGAAGAAGCCAGCGGAGAUGGCACCAAGCAACAAAAUGGUGGUGGCAGCGGCAGUGGUUGCGCUGUUGCUGGUGGUGAUGGCAGUGGUGCACGUGCCGCAGGGUGUGAUGGUGGCAGCAGCUGCUGCAGCACCACCCCACUAUCGUGCCGCAGUGUUUCAGCACUAUCGAACCAAGGAGGCGAAGAGGCCCCAGUGGUCCAAAAUGCAGAAUGUGGCCAGCUACAAGAACGCAACCGCGCGCGCCGCCGCACAGGGUGCACGGAUCAUCGUGUUUCCGGAAGUCGGCCUCGGUGGCAACGCCAUCAGUCGCGCCCUCAACAUGGAGUUCGCGGAAGAUGUGCCUGAUGGCCGCGACAGCAUCAACCCCUGCUGGGACAACGACCCCAACUACUGCACAGCCAGGCCUGCUUUGUGCGCGUUGUCGUGCAUGGCGGCUGAGCACGGCAUGUAUGUUGUGGUUGGAAUGAACGAUCGCAAGGCGUGCAACGCAACAAGCGACCCGCAUUGCCCCAAGGACGGGGCCUACCUCUUCAACACAGGCGUCGUGUUUGAUUCCUAUGGAACGGUCAUCGCCCGCUACCACAAGAAGCACAUCUUCACGCCAUUCCCUGUCUUCGACACACCGAACGUGGCGGAGGUGCGCUACUUCGACACAGACUUUGGCGUUCGCUUCGGCAUCUUCAUCUGCUUCGACUCCCUCUUCCCUGACCCGCCCCUUGAGCUCGUCAAACAAGGCAUCAAGCACUUUGUGUUUCCAACCUCCUGGACAAACGUUCCGCCCAUCCUCACCGCAACGCAGUACCAGCAGGCGUGGUCCCGCGCGUUCAACACGACGUUCCUGGCCGCCAACACCGCCGAGCACGGCACAAGCGGCAGCGGCAUUUACGCGUGCGGACACCCCAUCGCCACCUACUUCAACUACACCGCGGACGGCCUGCAGGAUGAGCAGCUGCUGGUUGCCGACGUGCCGACCGACCCCUGCGCUCCUGUGUCGUCGUCGCUGGCAGCACGGUCAGUGACAACAGCUCGCCUUCACAAGAACAGCAAGCAGAGCAGCAGCAGCAACAACAACAACAACAAUAACAACGACAGUGACAACAACGACGGUGACAACAGCGGCAGUGCGAGUGACAGCAAGCACUGUGGCACGAUCGGCGUGGAUCCAUGUGCAUGUGAUAUUGUUGACGCCGUUCCAGGGAAGAGCGGCACGCUGACGGCCGAGUUCAACGGGCUCAAAUGCACUGCGCAGUAUUCGUUCGCGGCCAACCAGACAGCAACAAAUGAGCGGUAUGGACUUGUUGUGUACUCGGGCACGGCGUGGUUCCUUGAACCACUGCCUGCGCAGAUAUGCACCCUUGUUCGCUGCGCAACCCCACAGGCGUGCAUCACCCCAGAUGUGUCGGGUGAUUUCCUCUUUCCCGCGCACACGCUCGUCAAUUCGUUCUCCAUCCAAGGCAACUUCACGUAUGCGAGAGAGCAGCAGUUUCCGCUCCUGGUUGAAGACGGCGGUCAGCUCCUGCCCAAGACCGCGCUUCAUGCUGUCGUGAACGGCAUCGCCAGCAGCGGCAGCGUGUGGCCGCGCAAACUGCUUGCUGCAUCCAUCAUUGGUCGGCCAUGGAACAGCACCACAACCACAACAGCAGCAGCCACAGGAGGAGGAAAAAGGCGAAUACAAGGAGGCUGAGGUGUAGGGUGGUGCAAUAAGUCCUCUUUUUUUUUCUUUUUUUUUUUCACCAUGCCAUCCGAUUUGUGCGUGCGUUCGUUUCAAGCAAGAAUGUUCUCAAUCCCCUCGGUGUGCGUGUCCUCUGUUGGUUUGUGUGUGUGUGUGUGUGUGUGUG